AUGACUUUCCAGGGAGUUGAGCGCAACACAAAGAACCGCAUGCACGAGUCUUUAAUGCUCUUUGACUCCAUCUGUAACAACAAAUUCUUCAUUGAUACCUCCAUCAUUCUCUUCCUCAACAAGAAAGACCUGUUUGGUGAGAAGAUAAAAAAAUCGCCUCUGACCAUCUGCUUCCCUGAAUACACAGGACCCAACACGUACGAAGACGCAGCAGCCUAUAUCCAAGCACAAUUUGAAAGCAAAAACCGUUCGCCGAACAAGGAGAUUUAUUGUCACAUGACCUGUGCAACAGACACAGGCAACAUCCAGGUCGUAUUUGAUGCGGUCACUGACAUCAUCAUUGCCAACAAUCUUCGAGGCUGCGGCUUAUACUGACCCCCACUCCCCCCCCCACUUUCCCUUCUUCCUUCCCCCAUCCUCCUCCCAUCCUGUAUAGCAAGCAGCAUAUUUGGAAACAAUCACAGCGAGAGGAAAAUAAUAAUAAUAAUAUAUAAUAAAAUAUUUGAAAAAAAAGGCAAAACAAAGUGCAAGUCUCACACAUACACACACACACACGUACGAACACACACAUCUCACACACACACAUACACACACACAGUAAAAACGAACCAUGCAAGUUGGUAACUAAAAAGGCAUUGUGAUUAUACAGACAGACAUGCACUUUUUAAUUUUAAGUUUGCCUCAAAAGGAUUCCCAUAUCCCUAUCUGGGGAACUUAGUUCUUUUUUCCCUGUUUAAGUAACUUGAUGGCAGAUAAUUUAGCCUCUUGGUUUUUUUCCCCCUUCCUUCCUUCCUUCCUUCAGGAAAUAUAGAGGAAAAUAAUAAUGAAUAACCGAGUGAUUAAACCAGUUAAUUUUUCUAAAGCAUCUAGCUAGCCGCAUCUUUAAGAAUGUACUCUCUCCUGAACGUUUAAAAAGGAAACCGUUUUCUUUUAACAAAAAUAAAUAAAAAUAAAAAGUAGCAAUGUUAUUUUUUUAAGGCAUUUAUGCAUAGGGUGCUCUAAGGAAAGGCUUUCCCCCCCCUCCCCUUAGCGCUAAAGGAGUUUUAAAAAUACCUUUAUGUAGGGAAAAGUUUCUUCAACACCGAGGAUUCCCAGUUUGUUGGUCCCAUCAGCUUUGGAAGGGUUAAAAGCAAAGGAAGGCAAAGGAAAAAUUGGAAAAAAAAUGUGCACAAAACACAGGCUUUUCCUGCGUCCCUCCACAAAGAGACCACACUGUACAGCCACCUCACCCCCCACCCUUAGCUUGUUAGGAAUCCCUUCCUUUUUCCCCAAGCUAAAGUUGAUAAAUUUGGUCCUUCCUGUGUUUCCCCUUCCCAUCCACAAGGGAGACCAAGAAAGGGAAAAAUUCCAUCCGUGGUUUGAAAGUUGGACUUGCCACAUUGGCCCCAUCAACUGAGGAGAGGACAUUCACCCUUGGAUGUCAAGGACAAGGCCAAGUUCUCACCAAGGAGCAAUGCACCACCAAGUUAGUACGAUGUUUAUUAAAGGGAACGGAUUCCCUUUCUAGUCAUGUCCGACUCUAUAGGGCACGGUGCUCAUCUCCAUUUCUUGGCCAAGGGUGCCAGCGUUGUCCGAAGAUAUUCCCGUGGUCAUGUGGCCAGCAUGACAUCACGGAGCACUGUUAUCUUCCCACUGAAGGGGGUACCUAUUUAUCUACUCGCAUUUGCAUGCUUUCAAACUGCUAGGUGGGUAAGGACCACCUAGAACCAGCCUAGGACCAAUAACAUUUAUUAUUUGGCUGUAACUAGAAGAGGGAGGUUCCUUUUAGUGCUUCUUUGGGGUACCCCCAUCCAUGCAUGCAACACCCGGAUUUGUGUUCAGGGCCCAAACCAUCUUCUGAACUUCCUAGAGUAGACUUUCUGCUCCCAAACUCCAGCCUCAGGUUGUUACAAGCCUUUUUUGUGUUGUUGUUGUUUUUGGCAUUGCCUUGACGUGUCCUGCUGUGUUAGAAUUAUGGCUAGUUUUAUGAGGUUCAAUGAAAGGGAGUCUUCACCCAACUCUUUUGAUAUUUGGGAGGCGAGCAAGCCAACUCCAAGAUGAAAAUAAUCAAAAAUUUGCUUGACAUAGGUGCUGGGGGAAGAACAGAAGGGUUGCUCAGGUCCUUCCUGCUGACACAUGCAAACACCCAACCACACCUUACCUACACGCCACCUUUUGCUCGCUCCCUUUCUCCAUGUAUACAAAAACACAAAUGGGGUGAACCCAAUUUUGAGGAAGGCACUUCCCUUCCAAGAUGGUGGUUAUGGCCUCAUCAGAACCUUGAUGGUUGCAAAGGGGUAUCUAUUAUAGGAGCUCCUCAUAAUAGACAGCGGAGCAAAAUGACCCAGAAGUUUUUGGAAUUUUGGUCUUGCCUCCCAAUCCUUCCUCCCUAUCAUAACAGGUGCUGUUUUUUGUCCAUGGGACAUAGAUAAAGGGAGGCACUAUGACCAAUACAUUUCCCACACCUUAGGUUCGAAGCUAAUAGAGAUAGAUUUAAAUGCACCAAGAUGGCCCAGAAACACCAAUGGGAAAUAUCCAGGUUUAUUUUCAUAGUCAUAAGUCAUUGCUAUACCUAUUUACAACCUCCUCCCUCCCUUUGAUCCUCCACAAAAGUCCUCCCAAAAUACUUUUUGGGCACUACCAUCACUUUAGGACCGGCCAACAAAACGGGGUACAUUUUAUUUGGGGGGUGGGUGGGCAGAAGGGUUUAAUAAUGAUUGUUCUGCUUGUCUCGUUCACUCUCUGGUUUUGU